GUUUAGGGUCUUUCUGAAGGCCUUGGACUCAAAAAUCCCUUUUCCGAAAAACCAGAAAAUUGUAGAUACAUAGAAACAAAAUCAAAAAAGCAAAAUUCACGCGGAGGGAAACGCCCCCAAUUGCCACAAACUCCACCUCCUCCACUGACACUGUGCGCGCCAUAGCUAAUUUAGGGUUAGGGGUUUUGAUUCAGCCUCAAUUUCUUAGAUACCCAGAAUGCGGCCCAAUUGCUGCCAUGUAUCCCUAGCUUUCGUCCUCAAACUCCUCAACUUUCUUCAAGCUUUCUUCGGAGUUUCGAUCUUAGUCUACUCGGCAUGGAUGCUCAACCAGUGGAACCACCACAUCCCGAUAGUCCCGCCACCGCCUUCAGCUCCUUCUCCUGAUUCUUCGUCCUUCUCCUCCCUCCUAUUGAGCUCCGAAUCGGCUGCAGUUGCCGAUCAGAUCACGCCGUUGGAUUUUGCUGUCCAUUUGGUUUCUGGGUUCGAUGAGGGAUCGGGGUUCGGAUUGAACUCGCUGAAGCUUCCCGCGCCCUGGUUCAUCUACUCUUUUAUGGGACUGGGGAUUUUGCUCUGUUGCGUUACUUUCAUAGGUUGUAUUGCAGCCGCAGCAAUUAAUGGCUGCUGCCUUUGCUUUUAUACAAUACUUAUAACCUUGCUCACUCUACUAGAAGCAGCUUUGGUGGCAUUCAUUUUAAUUGAUCGCCGUUGGGAAAAGGAUCUUCCAUUUGACCCAACUGGUCAACUUGACAGUUUCCGAUCUUUUGUUGAAGAGAAUAUUGACAUCUGUAGGUGGGUCGGGCUCAGUGUCAUUGUAAUACAGGUUUUAUCACUGCUACUAUCAAUAACUCUGCGAGGCUUGCUUUCUACUCACAAACCUGACUAUGAUGUUGAAGAUGAUUACGAUGAUAGGGCUAGAACUCGGGAGCCCCUGUUAAAACAACAAUUAAACCAAGCAUCUGGAUCAACCAAGGGCGAUGGGAAAGGGACUCACUCUGACAUUUGGAGCUCACGGAUAAGAGAUAAGUAUGGAUUGAGCUCUCUCAAUCAGAAUGCGUCACCGAGUAUGAAAUCCAAGCAGUAAAGAUGGUAGUGGGUUUUUCAUCUCACUGAUCUGAAACAUCGAUCAGCAGGUUUUCUGUUGAUACUCAAGUAUAUAUCAUUGUUCCCUCGUUUCAGUUUUUCAAAAUUUUGUUUUGGAGGAAGUUAUGGUGUUUAUAUCUAACUCUCGAAAAGUGUUCUUGGUGGUUUUCCUUUGUAUGAAUUGGAUGUGUGUUUCUGGUAAAGAUGUUGUGUCAUUAAUUGUAAAAGAAGAAAGCUUGUGAUUUACAUGUAACAUUGUGAGUCUGUUACUGUCAUCAUUCCUGAGUAAUUCAGAGGGGUCUGCACUUGAAUUA